AUGUCUCUCAAAUACAACAAGGUUCUCGUGCUAGGCGCGACAUCCGGCAUUGGCUGGGCACUCGCAGAGAAGAUUGUAGAAGACGGCAAACACGCCAUCAUCGUUGGACGGCGACAAGAAAAGCUCGACGAAUUCCAGAAGAAGCACGGCAGCGACAAAGUCUCGAGCAUCGUUUUUGACAUUACAAAGCUCGACGAGAUCCCCAAGUUUGUCAAAGAUGUAACGAGCAAGCAUCCAGACCUCGAUUCCGUCUUCCUCAACUCGGGCAUCCAGCGCGGUUUCGACUUUUCCAAGCCCGAGACGGUGGAUCUAGAUAUGCUGGAGAUGGAGUUUAGGACGAAUUACCUGUCGUACAUGCAUCUUACCACGGCAUUCAUCCCGUUCCUGCAGAAGCAGGACAAGGAAACUUCGCUCAUCUACACGACGUCUGGACUUGCGCUCAUGCCACUUCCGCGUUGUCCGAACUACUGCGCUUCGAAAGCGGCGCUGCAUCACAUGAUCCUUGUUCUCCGCCAUCAACUAGCAAACGGACCCGGAAACAUCAAGGUGAUUGAGAUCUUCCCGCCAGCUGUGCAGACGGAGUUGCACGAUGCGAAACACCAGCCAGAUAUUAAAGAUGGGGGCAACAUUGGCAUGCCGCUGACUGAGUUUACGGAUGAGGCUUGGAAAGGAUUGGUGGAGGGCAAGGAUCAGAUUCCGGUGGGAUUUGUCGGAAAGGCUUUUGAUGCGUUUGAGAACAAGAGACAGGAGAUGUACAAGCAGAUCUUCUUGUCGCAGUCGUAA